AAAAACUUUAAAGUUUAUCAUUUGAGGCCGAGAUCAGAGUACUCUGAUCCUAAAUAACCACCCCGAAUACUUCAAAAUGGCACCUAAAUCUACCACUCUCACCACUAAGGUGCAAACUGGAUCGCCGUACCAGCUUAACUCCGCGCAGACCUUGAAAGCCUCCAAAGCUCUCAUCAAGCACAUCAAGACCUCGGAGAAAGGCACCGCCGAGAAAUCGGGCAAGCGCGACCUCCUUGCUGGCGACGAUGAAGAAGACAGCGACGACCUCGACCAAAUCCCCAUCUGGCUCAACAUCACGACCAAGAAGCACAUCGUGGACACCAAGCGCCUGAAGCCCGGCAAGAUCGCCCUCCCCCACUCCCUCAACUCCUCCCCCACCUCCACCAUCUGCCUCAUCACCGCCGAUCCCCAGCGCGCCUACAAGGACAUCGUCGCCUCGCCCGCCUUCCCCGCCGAGCUGCGCGCACGUAUCACCCGCGUCAUCGGCCUCAAGAAGAUCAAGGCCAAAUACCACCAGUACGAGGCGCAGCGUCAGCUGUUCGCUGAGCACGACUUCUUCCUCGCUGAUGACCGCAUCAUCACCCAGCUCCCAAAGACCCUCGGGAAGACCUUCUACAAGACCACCACCAAGCGCCCAAUCCCAGUCAACAUGCAGGCUCCCGCCCCGCGCGCGGAGGGCAAGCGCGUCCCCAAGGCCCAGCGCGAGAGCGCUGAGAAGGUCUUGAUUGAGCCUAAGCUCCUGGCGAAGGAGGUCGAGAAGUCCCUGUCUGGUGCGCUGGUUGCGUUGUCGCCCAGCACGCAGACUUCAGUGCGCAUUGCGGCUGCGGGAUGGAAGGCACAGGAUGUGGCUGAGAACGUCGAGGCGGCUGUGAAGGAGAUAAUCGAGAAGUUCGUGCCGCAGAAGUGGAGAGGCGUGCGCGCUCUGCACAUCAAGGGCCCUACCACCGCCGCGCUGCCGAUCUGGCUUGCUGAUGAGCUGUGGGUUGAUGAGAACGACGUGCUUGAGGAUGAGGUGGAGGAGACGGAGGAGGUUGCUGAGGCGAAUAUUGGGAAGAAGAGGAAGCGUGUUGCGGGUGAGGAGGAGACCGAGGAGUCUAAGACCGAUAAGAAGGCGAAGAAAGAGAAGAAGGUGCUUCCGGAGAGUAAUGAUAAUAAUCUGGAUAAGGAGAUUGCGUUGAGGAAGGAGAAGCUGAAGAAGCAGAAGUCGGAGGCGGCUAAGAGCGUUGUUGAUGAGCUGCCUAUCCCAGCGGCGGCGAAGGCGGAGAAGAGCAAGUCGAAGAAGCGCAAGGCGUCUGAUUAGAGGGUUGUAGUAUGUGGAGCCAAAAAAUGGAGCAAGGCAGAAACAGGCAUGUGGCGGCGUUGAUGGAGUUUUGGAAGAUGCUAGUUAUGACAGUGUAGGUUAUUUUUGCAAAGCAUAAGUAGAGGAGUACAAGACAUCGAAAAAGUAUUCUUAUAAACAC